AAUAUAGUGUGACCCAGCAAAACUCUGGAGAAAAACCUCUCCUUAUAUACACUUCAGCCUGAGGCUGCAACCAAUCAGGAACGAGAUAUUUCCCGCCUAAAACUCCCGCCAAAACUUACAGUAAUACAUUACAGCUUGCGUUUCGUUUUUGACUAGUCAGCGGAGACGAAACGUGGGUAAGGGCCCACCAAGUUUUGGAAAACUGACAGGCCCACUUUUUUUCCUAGCGGGAAAAAGAACCGACUGAAUAACAGCACAGCACAGAAAAAAAAAAUCACCACCAUCUACGCAGGUCACUUUUUUACAAGGAGGCUGACUGAGAAUGGAAGAGUCCACCUUGAAGAUGAUACUAGUGGAACAAACAAUGGAGACUAAUGAGAAAUUAAACUAUAAUGGAAAAAAUAAUAUCUCCUCAAGCAGGAAAAUUUAUAUGGAUUACAAUGCAACCACCCCUCUGGCACCAGAAGUGAUUGAGACAGUUAAAGAAGCCAUGUAUGAAGCAUGGGGCAAUCCUAGCAGUUCUUAUGAAGCAGGUCAAAGAGCAAAGAGGAUCAUAAAUGAAGCUCGUGAAAAUCUGGCUAAAAUGGUGGGAGGACCGUUCCAGGACAUUAUUUUCACUUCUGGAGGGACAGAAGCAAAUAACUUAGUGAUUCAUACUGCAGUGAAGGAUUUUAUGAAAAGCAGCAAACAAAGUACUGUUGCAACAAAAGAAAGCCAUGAAGAAAAGACUUUAGGGUCACUUCCACAUAUCAUUAUAUCUUGCAUUGAACAUGAUUCAGUUCGUCUCCCUGUAGAGCACCUAGUGAAGGAACAAAAAGCUGAAGCCACUUUCGUGCCAGUAUCAAAGGUAACCGGGCGAGUGGAAGUAGAUGAUGUUGUUGCAGCAAUCCAUCCAACUACCUGCUUAGUUUCUGUAAUGCUAGCAAAUAAUGAAACUGGGGUUGUAAUGCCCAUCUCAGAACUCAGUCGGCAGAUUGAAGUUAUCAACCACAAGAGAAAGGCCUCUGGUCUGCCAUGGAUCUUAAUGCACACAGAUGCAGCCCAGAUGAUUGGAAAGGGGCGAGUGGAUGUCCAGGACUUGGGAGUAGAUUACCUCACUAUUGUAGGGCACAAGUUUUAUGCCCCACGUAUUGGAGCCUUGUAUGUGCGAGGACUUGGUAUGAACACUCCCCUUCAUCCCAUGCUGUUUGGAGGCGGGCAGGAAUGGAGCUUUCGCCCAGGGACUGAGAAUACUCCAAUGAUUGCUGGUCUUGGCAAGGCAGCUGAAUUGGUGAAUGAAAACUCUGAGCUAUAUGAAGCUCACAUGAGGAAUGUUCGGGAUUAUCUGGAAGAAAGGCUUGAAACUAUAUUUGGAAGUCAAAAUAUCCAUUUUAACUGUCGACUGGAAGGCUCUAAACGACUUUGCAACACCUGUAAUUUUUCUAUAUUGGGCUCAGGUCUACAAGGUUGGCUGGUGCUCUCACGCUGUAGGACUUUGCUAGCCAGUGUUGGGGCAGCCUGCCACUCUGAAAAAGGUGACCAGCCCUCAGCUGUUCUGCUUAGCUGUGGAAUUCCUUAUAAUGUUGCACAGAAUGCCAUACGCCUCAGUGUGGGCCGUGAUACAAGCAAAGAAGAUGUGGAUCUGAUUGUAGAAGAUUUGAAACAGGCUGUGACUGAGUUACAGUAAGCUGGAUACUUAUAGUCAGCAGCAGCAACAACAACAACAACAACAGCAACAGCAACAACAAAAUGUUCUGUUCAUCAGUGUCAGGAAGUGAGUUUAUCUAGUCUUGAUAGUCCAUUGCUCAAUGUGCCAUACUUACGUCUGACAUAUUGUGAGCUAUUAUGUUCCCAUCAAUUCUAUGAAAUAGAAUUUUUGUUGAACAUCAAGUAAUUUGUUUACAUCUAUUGAAUACCUAGGAGCACUGUCUGCAUUUGUGAGCACUGGUUUCCCCCCCUCAAAUUUAGCACCAGUAAAUCCAAUUGGUGAAUUAUACCUUUUAACACAUUUUACCAAGCAGAAGGAAGAGCAAGGAAAUAUUUCUACUGGAUAUUUAGAGUUGGUGCUGAGCAGAAAACAAAUAUGAAUAUAAUGGUUCUCCCAAAGGUGCUUUUUCCAAAAGGCAACUGGACUUACUUUCUUUUUUCUUUGAAAAUGUUUACUUCUCAUCUUAGAAGCUUCUUCAUUCAUAUCUAUAGAGAUUCUCAAUCAUCCAGGUCAUGGUUGUCCCAAAAUGUUUUUUUCCAAAAAGCAAGUGGACUAUAUUGUUUUUUUUUUCUUUGAAAUGUUUCACUUCUCAUCCUUUUUCAGCUUCUUGAAUGAGAAGUUUUCAAAGAAGAAACCCCAAGAAGUUUAUUUGCUUUUUUGAAAAAACACCUUUGGGACAAUCAUGACCUGGAAAAAGGAGAAUCUCCAUAGAUAUGAAGACAAUAGGUAGAAGGUAUAUGCAUUUAUAUACAUAUAAAUGUGUAUAUGCCAGACAUAUGCAUACAUAUAUGUUCAAGUAAAUCUCUAAAUUUGAAACGAUCAGGGAUUUGCCUUGGAGAUGUCUAUGUUUAACCCAGAAAUGUAUUAUAAUAAAUUGUUCUACUCUAGUAAAUACAUGUAUGCAUAUGCAUUGUGAAAGAAUGUAUAAUACUUCUAUCAAGUAUAAUACAUCUAUUAGAAUUAAGUAACAGAGAAAAACAAAAUAUUGGUUACAUAUAGGCCUGUUUCCUUCCAUUUAACUUAGCAUUAAAGGGUUAUUUAUAGUUUUAUGUAGCUAAACAUGUUGACUUUAGUUUUGCAAAAUAAAAGUAGGAUAUAAAUCUAAUAGCUAAUUAACUGAAAAGUAAAUUAUGCUGUAGGCAAUUUAGGAUCUGAAUUGGGUUGUUGCUGUCCCUUUCUGCCAUGAAUGGCAAGAAGACAGAAUUACCGGCAACAGUAAUUCCCUUUCGAGAGGAAGCAGGUGCUGGGAUAGAAGCUGGGUUUCAGCGUCACUGUUUGUUACAAAUCAUAAAAAGUCAUAAAUAUCAUAAAUAGGAGACCUGUUCUCACUUGAAAAAUCCUACAAAAGAAGUGAUAAUGGCAGCUGGGAAUAUAUAUGGCAGCUUUAAAUGUUGAAUUUCAGAAAUAUGUUGGAAUUGACUUGAAUAAGUGGAAUAAGGUCUACCGUUUUUGUGCUUUGUUUAUUUUUACUGCAUCCACUGAAACAUUGUUUGCUAAUAGUGAUGGAGCUAAAGAGGCAAUGUUUGGUUUCUCAGUAUUAUACUUGCUAAGGUUUUAAUAGGAAAUUCUCCAGUAUAACUCACUCACUGACCUUUCAUAGUAUUAUUUGUUUUACAUGGUAGCAUGAUAUGCUACUAAAUGGUCAAAGUGGGUUAUACUAUAAACAGAUGCCCUCUGUAAAAUGUAAGUAUAAUUAUGUCCUAGCAUGAAAUACAAUUGCUUAGUUAUUCAUAGAAAGAUACAACAUAAAAGAAGCAACCAAUUCGUGUAUCUGAUUUUAUGUUGAUUGUAAUUUAAAGCUAAUUUAAGCAUUUUAUUCUUCUGUAUUAAUCUCAUUUUUUGAGAGUUGGCCUUGCCCAUCUCUUUUAAGUAUGAUACUGCAGGAAGUUUAUUUGUUGAAUUUCUGUCUAAUCAUUGUGGGAUCUGAGAGAAAGACUUUAUAGGAACCUAUCAAAUAUCUAAUUGUCCAGUUUCCUUCAUGUUCAACUGUUCUAUUUUAAAAUAUUUGCAUCGAACAAUAACUAUAGAGUUCUAUAUCCAGAUUUUCACAGAUUCAAGGAUAUUUUACAUAACAGUAGUUUUUGAAAUCAGCGUGAUUGAAUCUCUUCCCGAUUAUCCAUUCCCUCUGCUCUUGGGAGAUGUGUUUGGAAAAUGUAGUCUCUUUCCUCUGUCCAGCCAAAUCGGUUCUUGUUUUGAAACCCAGUACAGUUUAAAUUCUAAUUAUAUUCUUAUAAUUUGGAAAUAUGUCUUGAUUUGCAAAAAAACUCAUAAAACAGUUUCCUUUC